CCGGUAUGCUGGGCUGCAACACAUCGUGAAAACUAAAAUGGCGUACUAGUCAAGACUUUACUAAUUUAGAAGAUUGCUAAAUUACAAUGGAAAAGAAAAGUAUUUAUUUGGAUUACAAUGCCACAACACCACUUGAACCAGACGUACUGAGUUCCAUUCAGCUAGCGUUACAAGAUGCCUGGGGGAACCCAAGUAGUGCACACUCUGCAGGUCAAAAAGCCAAGUCUAUCAUCGUGAAAUCCAGAGCUUUUAUUGCUGAAAUGAUCAAUGCAAGAAGUGAUGACAUCAUCAUUACAUCUGGAGGAACAGAGGCAAAUAAUUUGGUGUUCCAUACAGCGAUGAGAUAUUAUGCCGAGAUGUCAUCAUCGGUGAAUCACAGUUUACCUCAUGUAGUAACGUCUAAUCUAGAACACGAUUCAAUCAAGCUAGUGGUGGAACACUUUGUCAAGGAAAAUAAAAUGGAGGCUACUUUUGUCACAGCAUCUAAACUGACUGGUCGAGUGGAAGUAAAUGACAUCAUCUCUGCAAUCAAACCGAAUACAUGCCUCGUUACUGUUAUGAUGGCUAAUAAUGAGACAGGUGUAAUACAGCCGAUUGCUGAAAUCUCAAAAGCUGUCAAGUCUAUAAAGAGAAAUCCUAGAUCUGAAGUGUUUAGGAUACUGAUACAUACAGAUGCUGCCCAGGCUAUUGGUAAGAUUCCAGUGGAUGUAGAAGAGUUAGGUGUGGACUAUCUCACCAUUGUUGGGCAUAAGUUUUAUGGUCCUCGUAUUGGUGCAUUGUAUGCGAAGGAGCCAGGAUGUACAACACCAAUUUAUCCUAUGCUGUUUGGUGGAGGUCAGGAAAGAAAUUUCAGACCAGGAACUGAAAAUACUGGAAUGAUAGCUGGACUAGGAAAGGUGGAGUUUGGAGAGAGAGUUCAUUUUAAUGGUAGAUACGCUGAGAGUGAAAGGCUACCUAACACAUGUAAUGUAUCUAUUCAAGGGCCAGGCUUAGAAGGAUAUAAAAUACUUCAACAAACAAAGCAUCUUCAAGCAAGUGUAGGUGCAGCAUGUCAUUCUGAAAAACAUUCCUCCCCUUCCCAUAUUUUAUUAAGUAUUGGUGUUCCGUACGAUGUUGCCAGCAACGCUAUUAGAUUGAGUAUAGGAAGAGAUACAACCACAGAUGACAUCGAUUUAGUUGUCAGUGAAAUCAAACAAGCAGUACAGAAUCUUGAAAAAUAAUAAAGGAGAUAAAAAUAAAAA